UCCCCUGCUGGCCUGGUGGGCUGGCGCACGGCAGGACCCGUAAACUGAAUAGCGUCUCCUGGCGGCCAGUGUGUGCGUAAGUGCGUGAUGACGCCACUACGUGACCUCACGAAGACCACUCUUCUAAAGACUUGGCUGUCUAUAUGCAAGGCUGAGUACGUGCCUCUUGCGUACGCGCGUGAUGUACGUACGUGCGUGGUGUACGUACGUGCGUGUUACGCGCCCCCGUACGUUCUUCGUGAAAGGGAUGACGGGAGCUGCGUGAAAGCGGAAGAGUUGCGGACUGUUAAGCACCUGUCACUAACCCCUGGUUUCCCGGAGUCAGUGGCAGCGAGCGACCUUGCAUCCCAGACAGGAGCCGGGAGCUCUUUGUUCUCACCGCGGCCCACGUCUCCUCGCUUGCGAGCCCAUCAUCCUGGCUCCGGUGGCCUCGCUGGGUCGCGGGGAGGCGGAGGACUGUUUUUCUGUUGCAAAAAGCCAGAGUCGGCCCUGGGCGCGACGACUCUCAGGGUCCGGAGGCCGUAACACCGGCCGCGGCUGAAAGGUAAAGAAGCUACGUGGAAGAGUGCUUCCUCCUCAGGCCGCAAAGCAGGUACUCUCUGCAGCACCAGCUGCCCCCACCCUACUCCAGACCUCCCCAAAGACUCCAUGAGAUGGACCUGAGUCAGCCGAGUCCCAACCCCUUUUCUUGGGCCUGCCGUGGCGCUGGACAUCAGUGACUGCGUAGUGACACACGGAAGCAGUGGACCAUCAAGGCCACACACAGGAGGCCCCCGGAGCUUGCGAAGAUGAAGUUUGGCUGCCUCUCCUUCCGGCAGCCUUAUGCUGGCUUUGUCUUGAAUGGAGUCAAGACUGUGGAGACGCGCUGGCGUCCCCUGCUGAGCAGCUAUAGGAACUGUACCAUCGCCAUCCACGUUGCUCACAGGGACUGGGAAGGUGAUGCCUGGCGGGAGCUGCUGGUGGAGAGGCUCGGGAUGACGCCUGCUCAGAUUCAGGCAUUGCUCCGAGAAGGGGAAAAGUUCGGUCGAGGAGUGAUAGCGGGACUCGUUGACAUUGGGGAAACUUUGCAGUGCCCCGAGGACCUAACUCCUGAUGAGGUUGUGGAACUAGAAAAUCAAGCUGUACUGACCAGCCUGAAGCAGAAGUACCUGACUGUGAUUUCAAACCCCAGGUGGUUACUGGAGCCCAUGCCUAGCAAAGGAGGCAAGGAGGUAUUCCAGAACUCAUCAAAUCUGGCAUCCAAGCGACAUUACAGAAAGUCGGACCUGGCACUGAAUGUUUGCCUGGUAGUGAGCAGCCAUUAAUGGACUGACUCAUCCAGGAUGGAGAGGACGUCAGACAAGAGCAGCUGUCUGUCCUUUCAGGUUACUCUCACUCUCUUAUGAAAGUGUCUGUCAGUUCCUGAAGCACGUGUGUCAUCUGCAUCACACAGCUACUUCAUAUCCUAGCAGUGGCCCUUCUCUUCUGAGCCAGGAUGUUACAGUGGUCAUAAAUCCCUUGGCCAAAUGGGGUGACCUGACUCAGGGGGCCCCGGUAGGCUAGGCUAGGGAUGCUGACCUGCUGAUGAGACACUUCCUGGCAACACUGGGAGGGACCCAUGGGGAAGAAUCUCCUGUUUAAAGAUACUGCCAGGAUCAGGAGUGAGGCUAUUCUUUCUCCUGACCAGCAGGCAAAUCUCAGGCGACCAGGUCUUCUUGGGCUUGGCCUCGAUGCUUCCUAGCAGCAUCCUUUGCUGGGUGUGUGAAAAUGCUGCUUCUCCAAAUGAAUGAGGACAGUGGGGACCAAUGCCUGUCUUGGACAGGAUUUUCAGCCUCUUCUGGCUUGUGCCAAUGAGAUGCGUAUAGUAUAGAAGGUUA